UAAAAAUAACAGAGCAACAAAGAGAGGGAAAAUAAGAACCUGAAAGAACCUCCGAAGCUACCUCUCGCGCGCGAUGCGAUUGCGGUGGCGUUGGCGGCGUUCAGUAUUUUUGAGGUCCCCAUCAUCGACGGCACCGCCGUCCAAUGCAAGGGAGACUUCACCGUUUUGUUAUCGCCGUCGGCGUUGAUGGCUUUGCAGAUGACCUGGCAACCUAAUCUCCUCACUCACAAACGCAAAACCGCUCCUCCUUUAGGUCUUCGCAAUCUCGGCAACUCAUGUUACCUCAAUAGCGUUCUUCAGUGUCUCACUUUCACUCCUCCUCUCGCCAAUUUCUGUCUCCGUUCUCAACAUUCAUCUCUCUGUGAUUCUUCUGGUUCUUCUUGUCCGUUUUGCAUACUCGAAAAACAAAUUGCGCGUUUACACCGUUUGGAUCUUACUUCCGACGCUCCUUCUAAGAUCCAGAGCUGUAUUCGGAUCUUCGCUGAACACUUCCGUUGUGGUCGUCAAGAGGACGCUCACGAGUUUCUUAGAUACGUUAUUGACGCUUGUCAUAACUCGUGUCUUCGUUUGAAGAAGCUUAGAAGAAAAGGUGGCGGCGGCGGUGACGGUGGUGCUUCCGUUGUUAAGGAGAUUUUCGGUGGUGCUUUGCAGAGUCAGGUUAAGUGUUUAUGCUGCGGUUACGAGUCGAAUAAGGUUGAUGAGAUAAUGGAUAUUAGUCUCGAUGUUUUUCAUAGUAACUCGCUUAGGGAUUCGAUGCAGAAGUUUUUUCAACCUGAGGUUUUAGAUGGAAAUAAUAAGUACAAAUGUGAUGGUUGUAAGAAGUUGGUGGUGGCUAAGAAGCAAAUGUCAAUACUUCAAGCACCUAAUGUACUUGUGAUACAGCUCAAGAGAUUUGAGGGCAUAUUGGGUGGCAAGAUUGAUAAGGCUGUUGGAUUUGAAGAGGUUUUGGUGCUUUCUAGCUUCAUGUGCAAAGCAAGCCAGGAUCCACAACCAGAAUAUAAGCUCUUUGGUACUAUUGUGCAUUCAGGAUACUCCCCCGAAUCUGGUCACUAUUAUGCUUAUAUAAAGGAUGCAAUGGGUCGGUGGUAUUGCUGUGAUGAUUCUUGUGUAACAGUUGCAACCCUGCAAGAAGUUUUGUCAGAAAAAGUUUAUAUUCUUUUUUUCUCUCGAACUAACCAAAGAUCAUCAUCAGUUAGUAAUUCUCUUACAUCAAAUGGUGUAAAGCCCCAUCAUUCCAAUGGGAGCCAGGCAUCCGAAUGCCCCAAAGUUGAUGGGCAACUCAAAGCAGUGCAAGCAAAAUCAAAUACUGAGCAAUCUCCUUGGAAAGAUAUGCCGAGUGUAUCUAAGAUUGGUAAAGUGCCUUCCAGUUUGCGAGUGAAGUUUGACUUGAAUGGUAGUUCAAAUUCCAAAAGAAGUCCUGUUCCUGUUAGUGUCAAUGGGAAAGUUGAUGCGUUGAAGAAUCAGCCCUUACUAACAAAUGGGCAUGCAACAGAUUCAGUUUCUUUGGAAAAUAGUAAGAAAGAUCCUUCUUCAUCAUUACUCACCAGGAAUGGCUUUGACAAAAAUAAAGUUGAUGUUGCUAACAACUCAAAAAAGAAGGAGUCGACAGUAACAAAUGGAUACACUGAUAUUCGGACGGUUGAUAACCAUUCUGUAAAACCAGAUCCUCCAGAAGAUGUUGAUAAAAGCAAAGUAUUAACAGGUAGAGGGUCUGACAACUUUAAGCAUGAAAGUAAUGGUGUCGACAGCAAAUCUAAAAUAUUGGGGAAUAAGAGAAAAGUACAGGAAAGUCCAUGCGUUUUGCUCGCACAGGAUGGUCAGUCUAGUGCUAGAGUUCAAGAACUGAAGGACAUUCUUGGGAAAGAAGCAAAGUCAGUUUUGAGGUCAUGUGGGUGGACAGAUAUGGUCGAUGAUUACAUGCGUAUCAGAAAGAAAUUGCAUGAAAAAGAAGCCGAAAAUUUAACGAGUGAUGUAAAAAGGAAGUUAAUAGGAGAUGCCCGGAGUGCUUUCAUAUCGCGGGUUCCGGAGUCAUUGAGAAAGGAUCUGAUUGCACGUCUCCAAUCAUUUAGCAAAGAAAAAGUACAAUUUGAAGGACCUUGAUCACAAGCAUGUUGAUCUGUCCUGCUAGUGGAGGCCAGGUGUGUAUACUGUAAUACUAAUGAUUGUAGGAAUGGUGGUACCCAUACUGGAAUAUACUCAGAUUGGGUUUUGUCACAUACUGACUCUUUGAGCUAGUGCUUGCGAUAGUGGCAGGAAAUUGUGGGGACUGUAUCAUUCAAGUCUUCUCCGCAGUGGCUAUGUAAUGAUUUUCUAGAGUGCUCCAUGCAUAUUUGAUAUACGAGUUCAGAUUUCAUGUCUUGCCAUAUCUUCUCUUUCUCCAUGGUGGCAAUGAAGUUUUAUUGAAAUCUUUGAGGAGAGCAUACGGAAUUCUAUUCAAUUUGUACAAUCUGUUUUAGUCAUGUUACUGGAGCAAAAUCGUCUUUUGUUUUUUAUAAAGUUGCUCAACAAAUUUUGCAUCUUAGAUAUGAGGCUGUAUAUGGCUUAAGGAUACAUGCUACCGUCAUUAUGGUUGUAUGCUUCUUUAUAAAUUGAAAUAUUUUUAGCCCGUGAUAGAUUGAAGGAUUUUUCACUCA